GUUAUGAAAACAUGGCGUCCAGCUUGGUUCCGCCAGAGAUGCUAGUUUUUUCCAGUUUUUUUUAAUAACAAUAUUAGUCCCCUUCCAGUUUGACUCAUACAUUUCCUCCCGCGGUGCCUCAGGGCUAAGUUUGAGUAACGUUUUCCUGACAUACUGGGGAAAUGUCUCUCUCUCAGUGGUCAGAAAAGAUACUCCAGCUGCUCAGCCGAAUGAACAACUUUUAUUCACCAGGCUCCUGUCGGGCUAGUUGCUUUAGGUUUGAAAUAAAUGGAGCACAGGUCGGCUGGAUUCCUCCUCAAGUCGCCCCGCUGUUGAGUCGGUUUCCAGAUGUGUUUAGUCCGCCGCAAGGGAGCGCUGUGUCCCUGCGACCCAGCCUGGACUCACACGGGAGGAGGUCUGAGGCUGUGGACGCUGUCCUGCAGACCCUGAGGCAAGAGGGCAUCUUCAGCUGCCUCAAAGGAUGGAGAGAUGAGAAAUACAGUGUGAUGUCAAAAUUCUCUGAGCCUCCUCUGAUGUCGAUGGAGAGAUCAGCUACAAGUCUGUUCGGUGUGAAGAGGAGUGGAGUCCAUAUCAAUGGCUACACUGUCAGUGACGGGGGGGAAGUCAGCAUGUGGCUUGCACGUCGCUCCUCUACUAAGCAGACGUACCCUGGACUGCUGGACAAUGUGGCAGCAGGUGGUCUGGCGGCUGGGCUUGACAUCAAACAAACUGCGAUCAAAGAAUGUGAGGAGGAGGCAUGCAUUCCAGCAGCCAUUGCGGAGAAGGCUCGUCCUGUUAGCACAGUAAGCUACACCUAUGAGGAUGAAGACGGGGUGUUUCCAGAGAGCCAGUAUGUCUUUGAUUUAGAACUUCCUGUGGGGUUCAAGCCUAAAGUAGGGGAUGGAGAGGUGCAAGAGUUCUACCUCCUGCCCAUGGACAAGGUGAAGGAACUCCUGGCCACUGAGGACUUCAAACCCAACUGUGCCAUGGUGGUCUUGGACUUCCUCAUUAGACACUCGCUCAUUGAUCCAGACACAGAGCCGUGCUAUCAGGAAUUUGGGGCAGGACUCCAUCAGACACUGGAUUGAAGCUGAGGACUGAGGCAGAGACACUUCACCAUGGUGAUAACAACAACAGCUCCCUCUGUGGUUUGUACGGACGUGUUGGUUGCAUACACCUCCCUUCGACCGCCCUGAGUGUCCUCCAUCAGCUCUUCCAGUAGGAGGACCAGGUGCAUCGUUCAAAAGAUGGCGAAUGCAAUUUAAUUUAAUCCAAGCAAUGUUUGCACUUUUUAUAAAGAGACAAACUUGACAGGAAAAUGUAUGCAUAAAAACGGGAGAGAUGAAAAACUGCGGCACUGUUGGCAGAAGGAAGAAAGGAGAGAAACAUUUAAAAUAACACCAUCAAUCUAAAUAUUACGUCUCAUGUAUCAUGUAUGAAGAAGUGUGGAUAAAAGACAAUGUUUCAAUGAACAAACAACGCCUGUUUGAUACUCCUGAGUGCACACAGAAACAUAAUAAAUACAGAUGUUAUUGCAAACAAA